AUGAGUGCUGUCAUAUCAAGAACAGAAAGUCAUCUUAGUCACCUAAAGUCUCGUACUGGAGAACAUCUCCAUGCAGUUGCUUCAAACAGAUCUGCUAUCAGACUGAUUCAUCCGGAUGAAGGACUUGAUGAUGUCGAAUUAUUAAAACAAAUUGGGUAUAAGCAAGAACUUAGACGUCAUUAUAGUACGGUCCAAGUCUUCGGUAUCGCUUUUUCCAUUAUGGGUUUAUUACCUAGUAUUGCAUCCACCCUUAUAAUUG